UCAACACAACCAACAAUACUGAUCGAUCAUUCUGGGAGCAUUUAACUCAACUGGAGUUGAGAUAGUCCAACAUGAGAUAGUCACGGGCGUUACGUUUUGAAAAUGCGAUGGGAUCAAGCCAGGGUUAAGUAGGCCUACCGCACUUCUAUCUGAUAUCCAAUGAGAUUGCUUAACCUGGUAGCUUGCGCCCGCCCACUUGCCUUACAGACUGUAUAUAAGUUAUCCAGUGCGUGUCGAAUUGUAUAAAAGAAAACAUUUCGUUACACUCAAGUCGCUAAUCGUAACUACUUAAGGGCCUAUUAAAAUAUAGAUGUAUUCCCAGGCUACGCAUCUCGUUUGUAUACUGCUACUAACUGCAAGCACUCGGGCUUGCUUGCUUAGUGCUUUACCAACAAAUGGGACGGAUCGCGCGCGACGUGAUGGCGGUGAUAACGACUCAAUGCGCCCGAGAGAAGAGCAGAUUGGUAAAGCUCUCGAGAUGGCGACGAAAAGAACGAUAAUGGAAAUGCUGUCGAUCGAUGAAUCGUUUAUCAACGAGUUAAACAGUAUCCCUCUUGAAGAAAUACCAGAAGAUAAAAUGAAAGAAUACGACAAUCUAGUACUACAAAACGAGAUCCAGAGUGGUAAAACAGAUAUUGUUUUCAACAUAUCUGACAAAGGGCAUUCUCCAUCGAUGCUUCCGUCUAAACGAUUAUGGAGAACAGAUGGAUCCACUGAACGGCUCUAUUUUGGCUCUCAUUUUGCAGAAGCACGUGGCAGAAAAAGAAAAUACAGAACCAAAAAGGCUACUCUGACGUUUUUCAUAAAGCCAGUCUCUAGUGUUAGUGCAGAUUCGAUAGAAAUAAAUGUCUUUGAGUUCUUUAACACCAGUCUUACUCGUGGCCACGUAAAGUCACGAACAGUGUCUCUGAACACAAACACCUGGCAAGAGAUAUCUAUCGAUGUGACCGAUCUGGUCGACGAUUGGCUGAAAUUUCCAAGACUGAACUUCGGAAUUGAAAUUGGCACAACAACUGGAGAACCUCUAAACAACUUUUUAAAUAUGUACAGUCGACGAUGGAUACUGAGGAGAAACAAUUCAAACGAUAUACCACAAGGAGCUGAACAUUAUCCCGUAAUAACAGUAGAAUUGCAAAAGCGAGUUAGAUCAACCAGGGACACAAAAAUGGAAAAUGGCAAUUACAAUGGAAUGUGUUCAAAAAACCAAGUUGGUUGCUGUCGUAAAAAUUAUACUAUAGAUUUUAAGAAAAUAGAAAUUGGUAGCUUAGUUCUCCGUCCGAAAUCGGUUAACAUGUUUUAUUGCAGCGGCGCAUGCGCUGAUAAUAAUAUUCAAAUGAAUGAUAUGCAUACAUUAUUUAAGCAUUACGUGCAUUCUAAGUAUCCCCUAGUUAACGGUCCUUGCUGUGUGCCAACCAGAUUUGACGAUCUCCCAGUGAUAAUGCGGAAGUCAGAGACCGCAGUUGAAGUAAUGAUUCUUGAGAAUCUAAUUGCUUUGGAUUGCAAAUGUUCAUGAUAGAGGGCGCUUCGACCGAUAAUAUAAUCAAUUCCUAAUUAGAAAAACACAUUUAAUACACAAUAAUAAUUUAUUUUUAUUUAUUAGGAAGUGUGAUGUUGUAUUUAUCAUGGUGUAUUGUGUGUGUAGAAUUUAACUGAGUUUUAAGAGAAAUUAGAUUAGAUAUUUCGACGAGGCUGAUAAAAUUAUUGGCAAUAAUGUUAUAGGCCAAUUACUGUAUACUGAAGAAUUGUGAAUGUGUAUAUAGGCCAUUUCCAUGUUGAUAGCAACGUUUUGAACAAACCUUUGUAAUGUCACAAGGCAUAACAUUUUACGUUCUAAUAGUAUUUUAAUUUAAGGUAUAAUAAAUAUUUUCGUGUUGCCAUAUAUUUUAUGAUUUCAGCCCAGCUUUUAAACACGUAACACGGACAUAAUAUGUAUAAGUUUAAAAUGAUGAUGAUAAAAUAACAACAUUUAUAAUGAAUAUAAUAACAAUUGUUAUAAUUAAUGAAAAGUUAUAAUAAUACUAUGAUUUGUAAAUAUGAUGACAAAAUUAGUAUUAUUAAGAUUAAUUAUCACUAUGCUAUUUAUUAAUGUUAUUAAACAUUUUAUUAUCACAUGUAAUAUUAUAAUAUACUAUAUUAUUGUGAUAUCCACUAUGUAAAACUAAUUGUAUAAAUUAUAAUUAGUUAUUAUUAAUUUGAUUAUUCAGCAAACAUAUUAUUUGUGAAUUUGUAUCAUCCAAGCCAACAGAGUAUUAUUACAAAAUAUUUACUAUACUGUACUACUGUACCGGUGUACCCCCACCCCCCCUCUAAACGCCUUCCCAUUAUAGAACGCGGUUCUAAUACGUAAUAACACCACAUAAUAUCAAAGAAUUUAAAUACAGUAUUUAUUUGAAAAAAAAUCCCCCCAUUUGAAUAAACGCCCUCUUCAGUAAAAGACCCCUCCAAAGCCUCCCUCGAAAAAAGGCAUCGGGCGUUUAUUUUCUCCUCAAAUAAAUUUCCCUCACCUUCUCUCUUUAAUGACUGUAAACAAAACUAAUGGGCGCAAAAUAAUUCUAAACAAAUUCUUUUAAUGUUUUACUCCAGUAAAAAUUACGUUUUUUUUUUGUUUUAUUUUGGUGGGGGGGGGGGGGUCCAUAAAUCUGUAUGACACAUUUUGACAGUAAUUAUGUGUUGUAGUUCCACAUAUACAGUGCAAUUAAGGGCGGUUUAUUUGGGUAGGUCUACGUAUACGUAUCCAUGUUAUACC